GCCCGGCGCGCUCAGCUGUCCUCGACUCUGAGCCAGGCGGCGGCGCCCGGCCCGCAGCAAGCGCAAAAGCGGCCCCGGCCAGGACCAGCCCAGGACCGGCGGGAGUGCCCGCGCCGCCACCCUCGACCUCCUCGCCGCCCGCCGACCCCGGCCCCGCCGCGCGCUCCCUCCGACGCAGUGCACACCGCCCAGAGGAGAAGAUGGAUUGGAGCACAUUGCAGACUAUUCUGGGGGGUGUCAAUAAACACUCCACCAGUAUUGGAAAAAUCUGGCUCACCGUCCUUUUCAUUUUCCGAAUCAUGAUCCUUGUUGUAGCUGCAAAGGAGGUGUGGGGAGAUGAGCAAGCCGAUUUUGUCUGCAACACUCUACAGCCAGGGUGCAAAAAUGUGUGCUAUGAUCACUAUUUCCCUGUCUCUCACAUCCGACUCUGGGCUCUUCAGCUGAUCUUCGUGUCCACACCAGCUCUCUUGGUGGCCAUGCAUGUUGCCUACCGGAGACACGAAAAGAAAAGGAAGUUCAUUAAGGGAGAGAUAAAGAGUGAAUUUAAAGAUAUUGAAGAGAUCAAAAGCCAGAAGGUCCGUAUCGAAGGGUCGCUGUGGUGGACCUACACCAGCAGCAUCUUCUUCCGAGUCAUCUUUGAAGCUGUCUUCAUGUAUGUCUUCUAUGUCAUGUAUGAUGGGUUCUCCAUGCAGCGUUUGGUGAAAUGUAACGCCUGGCCUUGUCCCAAUACAGUGGACUGCUUUGUUUCCAGGCCCACGGAAAAGACUGUCUUUACGGUUUUCAUGAUAGCAGUGUCUGGAAUUUGCAUCCUGCUAAAUGUCACUGAAUUGUGUUAUUUGCUAAUUAGAUAUUGUUCUGGAAAGUCAAAAAAACCCGUUUAACACAUUACCCCCAGCUAUUAGAUAAAAGAUAACAUGAAAAGGAUGAGGCAAUCUGUGCUUAGCUGUCAAGGCACAGUCACCAGCAUUUCUUAUAAAGGUUCUUAUCUUAAAUGCAACCAUUUGAAACUCCUGUAGAUCUCACAUGAAACUCCACACGCCUCUGACAAAGCUCUACUCUCCUAAAGCUUCAAAACAGAGGCUUAAAUCUAUGCCUGUACUGAUUUUUACUAAAAUUAGUUUCAAUGAAAUCCCCUGCUGCUAGGGGUUAUUUGUGUUAGGUGCUUUCAUAUUUUAAACAAAGGAUAUCGGCAUUUGUUUCUCUUCCUUGGAGGAAAGGGGAGAAACACCAGGUCCCAAAGAGGACGCUGGGAAGGUCUGAUUGCUCCUCUUAGAGUUCCCUUUGCCAUUUCCCCAAAUUAAGGGUAAACAUAGAGAAUCUUUGUUCUUUUAUUUGCUUUGUAAGUUUUAGUCUCUGACGAUGGACAAGGUUACCUAAUGCUUCAAAUGCUGUUAUACGAGGUGAAAACUUUAAAAUAAGACACGAGCUUUUGAUCUACAAGAUAUUCUGAAAACUGUUAUAUGUUCUUCCUAUUUCGAAGGCUCAGAUUGUGGUUUGUAAAUGGUGUGUAAUUAGGUACUAUCAUUUAAUUUAAAAUAUGGCCUUUUAGUUAUGCAUAAUUCGCAGUGCCACUGUGAGGCUGUCCACUAUACUAACUGUGGAAUGUAGUACAUGGAAAGAUUUCAGCCUCUCUCAAGGGGAACAAACUAGAAGUUCUUAGUGAUGGCUUGUGAUAGCAAAUGGCCUCAUUUUAAAAAUUGAGGUGUAGUUUUGCAUAAGAAAUAUAGACUGGAUAUAACACCAACUACUACACAAUUACGAGUGGUGUGCACUGGGUGGUAUGCACCCUCUCUUCCCUUACAGUGUUGGCCUUUUCCAUUACUGUCGUAAAUGGGAGGAGCACUGAUGUAAAGAGGUUGCUUGGGAACAUUUUAUUGCCACAGUACAAUUUCAUGGUGCGGAACAAGUGGGGAGGAGAGGGGCAACUAUUUUUAAAGAACGGUUGGAAAGACUGGACUCUAAAUUCUGAUGAGUAAAAGUGAGUUUUGUCUACUUCAAAAGUUUGUUUGCUUCCCUCUUCAACAUCCAAUUUUUUUAAGUGAAAAUAGAAUUAAUAGAUAUUUUUUAAAAGUAGAAACUAGGGUUUAGAUAAGUAUUAAGCAGUUCUAUAGGACAAAUUGAAGCCUAAUAUUAUCAUUAUGCUUGAUAUGGUUUCCAAAAAAUGGUACUCAACAUACUUCAAUGAGGGUAAACAUUUUCCUGUUGCUAAGAAUAGCAUUAUAAAAACACUUUGUAAUAAUAAGUAAUAGCUUUAAUUACAUGCUUGUAACUAAAAUAAUUUUGUAAUGUCUCAAAUGUCAUUUAAAAUAUUAAAAUAUAAUAGUUAUUUAAAAUCUA